AUGGCGCGCGGGGGAGACGGUCUGCAGGUGCUCAGCGCGCUGGACGCGGCCAAGACGCAGUGGUACCACUUCACGGCCAUCAUCGUGGCCGGCAUGGGCUUCUUCACGGACGCCUACGACCUCUUCUGCAUCUCCCUCGUCACCAAGCUGCUGGGCCGCAUCUACUACACGGACACCAGCAAGGACAACCCGGGCUCGCUCCCGCCCAACGUCGCCGCGGCGGUCAACGGCGUCGCCUUCUGCGGCACGCUGGCCGGCCAGCUCUUCUUCGGGUGGCUGGGCGACAAGCUCGGGCGGAAGAGCGUGUACGGGAUGACGCUCAUGCUCAUGGUCAUCUGCUCCAUCGCGUCGGGCCUCUCGUUCGGCCACACCCCCACGGGGGUCAUGGCCACGCUCUGCUUCUUCCGCUUCUGGCUCGGCUUCGGCAUCGGCGGCGACUACCCGCUGUCGGCCACCAUCAUGUCCGAGUACGCCAACAAGAAGACCCGCGGCGCCUUCAUCGCGGCCGUCUUCGCCAUGCAGGGCUUCGGCAUCCUCGCCGGAGGCAUUGUCACGCUCAUCAUCUCCGCCGCCUUCCGCGCGGGGUACCCGGCCCCCGCGUACAAGGACGACCACUUCAACUCCACCGUGCCGCAGGCCGACUUCGUGUGGCGCAUCAUCCUCAUGCUGGGCGCCGCGCCGGCGGUGCUCACCUACUACUGGCGGAUGAAGAUGCCCGAGACGGCGCGCUACACGGCGCUGGUGGCCAAGAACGCCAAGCAGGCCGCGGCCGACAUGUCCAAGGUGCUCCAGACGGAGAUCGUGGACGAGCAGGAGAAGCUGGACGAGAUGGUCACCGCCGAGAGCAACACCUUCGGCCUCUUCUCCAGGCAGUUCGCGCGCCGCCACGGGCUCCACCUCGUCGGCACCGCCACCACCUGGUUCCUCCUCGACAUCGCCUUCUACAGCCAGAACCUGUUCCAGAAGGACAUCUUCACAGCCAUCAACUGGAUCCCCAAGGCCAACACCAUGAGCGCGCUCGAGGAGGUGUUCCGCAUCUCCCGCGCACAGACGCUCAUCGCGCUCUGCGGCACCGUGCCGGGCUACUGGUUCACCGUCGCGCUCAUCGACGUCGUCGGACGCUUCGCCAUCCAGCUGCUGGGAUUCUUCAUGAUGACCGUCUUCAUGCUCGGCCUCGCCAUCCCCUACCACCACUGGACCACGAAAGGGAACCACAUCGGAUUCGUCGUCAUGUACGCCUUCACCUUCUUCUUCGCGAACUUCGGGCCCAACAGCACCACCUUCAUCGUGCCCGCCGAGAUCUUCCCGGCGCGGCUGCGGUCCACCUGCCACGGCAUCUCCGCGGCCUCGGGGAAGGCCGGCGCCAUCAUCGGCGCCUUCGGGUUCCUGUACGCGGCGCAGAACCAGGACAAGAACAAGACGGACGCCGGGUACCCCGCGGGCAUCGGCGUUCGCAACUCGCUCUUCGUCCUCGCUGCCAGCAACAUGCUCGGCUUCGUCCUCACCUUCCUCGUGCCGGAGUCUAAGGGCAAGUCGCUCGAGGAGAUGUCCGGUGAGGCUGACGACGCCGAGGAGGAGGCCGUCGGCACCCGCGCGGUGCGGCCGUCGGAGACCCAGAUGGUGUAG